CCGACCGACCCUUCAAUGCUUCGCCGCCCUCGCACUGCCCUGUUGACAUCGUUGGUCCCCCCGAGUCCAUCGAAUGCGUCAUCUCCACCGCCAUCUGCCCCCGUCCUCCCCAGAUGUGUGUUGGCCAUCGGCGGGCAGCGGUGGUACAACCGCAACAUCGAUGUGAGGCGACGCACGCAAGACAAGGAGGUCCUCAACAGGCGGGCAUACUGGUGGUCGGAGUUCUACCCAAGAAGGUCAGGUAGAGCGGGUGGGUGGCACAGAUCUGCACAUCUAUCUGGCCAAGCCGAGUACUCUUGUGUUGUCUUUUGUGUGUGUGUGUGCAGGCGGACGGUGGUGGACAUGUGUCUGAACCAACCGUACCUGAAGCGGUUUGGCGCCCUCCUCCGGCACCCCGAGAUGAUGCCCGUCCUACACGAGCUCUCACUGCCCGGCCCCUACACACUCUUCGCACCCACCGACGACGCACUCGCAAAGGUAGGCUGGGCGAGAGACCAAGUGAUGCAACCCACUAUCUCGUCCGAGUAUCGUAUCGCUGUGCGCGUUUCUUCCGGUGCGUUCGUUAUGCGCUGACAACACCACAUCAGGUGGAGGACAGAUCUAUCGAGAGGCUUGUCAACGACACCGAAAGCUUGGCGCUGUUCCUGCGGCACCACGCCGUUAGACAGCGAUGGCUGCUCAGGUGAGAGAGAGGGACGCACACACCGGGAUGUGAGGGCGGCGCCAGAGUGCGUAGCGUAUGUUGUGUGGUCUUGGUUGUUCCGUCCAGGGAUUUGGUGGGCAGUGACUAUCAGCCUUGGAAGGAAUACAACGCCCCGAGGGAAGCGCCCGAGGAGCUGGAAACGCUCGGAGGACAGGUGACAACCCCUGGGGAGACGCACCACACGAACCGGCACGGACACAUUGCCUGCGAACCGCUUUCCUCCCCUCCCCUUUUUCUGUCCUUCUGUCGCUCUGUAGGUGGUGUCGGUGAGCACCGCUGGUUCCCUCAGAGACCUGACCCGCCGCGUCCACAUCGGUUCAUCGACCAUCCUGCCACACAAGAUCGACUUCCGCUGCCACAACGGGGUGGUGCACUGCAUCGACACGCCACUCAUACCCGACUUCCAUGCACUUGUCUGAUAUAUGACUGACUGAAUACUGACUGACUGACUCAAGGGGGCGAGGGAGAG